AUGACAGAUUUUCCUCUCAUCUCAAAAGAGGACAAUCCUGAGGUUCUGUAUCAGUUCAUCAAAGCUCAUUUUCAGGAUACGGGUGAGAUAAUCAGCUAUGCAUCCAUUCCUGACAAAAUGGGAGGAGGUGAUCCUCUCAAGGUUAAAGGAAAGAGAUCAAAGAAUGUUGAGAAGGAUGAUGCUUCAGCACCCAAACCCAAGAGAGCUAAAACUGUUAAGGCUGAAGGUUCAACAGCUUCUGAAUAUGCUUCUGAUGAAGUCAUUCAGAAGAAAAGAAACAAGAAGCUUGAGGUUCGAGAUGCUGCUAGAGAAGCUGCUCUUCGUGAAGAAGUCAUUCAGAAGAAAAGAUCCAAAGGAGAAAGUGAUUAUCAGGAAGCUCUCAAGGAAGCUACUGAAGAAGUGGAAGAAGAAGAAGAAGAGCAUCAAAAGAAAAAGGGUAAAAAACCUCAUGUCUUACCAAUGAUGAAAGUUACUCCUGAGAUGACACAAAGGACUAAAGAGGUUGCUGCUGAUGAGUUAGCUAAACAGAAGGAAUUGUCUGAACUUUACAGAAAGCAAAGAGAUGAUAAGCUCAAAGCUGCAGGGCUUGAAGAAUCUGGUCCUCUGGAUGCUAAGAGAGAUGCUGAGAUUGCAUCUCUGGCUGCUGAUGUUGGAAAACAGACAGUUGAGGAAGCAACUAGUCUACUUCAAGAGAAUCUGAUGAAAGGAAAAGGAACAUCAGAAGUUGCUGCUUCAGAAUCUGCAUCAGAAGCUGUGAGAUCAGAACCUCCUAUCUCAGGUAACUCAACUGAUCCUAAAGCUCAAAUCAAUAUGCAGAUUCUUAGUUCUUCACCCUCACCAUCAUCUUCAUCCUCCACUGACUUAGAUGACAUUCCUCUAAUUGCUUCUGAGCAAACUCAACCUGAAACUAUCCCUGAACAACAAACGACCUCUGACCUACCAUCCACUUCUCUAACCUUAGCCAUCCAACAACCUUUACCAAACAUUCUAGAAUCUGAAUUUAUUGAUAAUGAGUUGCUAAGGAUCGGGGAUGAAGUAAAAGAACUAAUUCUUCUUAGAAAAGUUCCUAUACUUUCCAUCCACUAUGAGGAUCAAUGGAUGAACCUGAAGAAAAACGCUUCUGAGCUGCUGGACAAGAUUAGUCAAAAAUGCCUAAGAACUCAAGCUAUAGUUCUUAAGAGGUAUCUGGCAGCAAUACACAAAGUUCAGAAAGCUAAAGUUCCGUUUCUCUGUCUGGCUAAUGCUCCUUUCUUUUCAGAAAGUGAGUAUGUUAAGAUCUUUCAGAAGCUGAAACAGAAGCUUCUGACUACUCAAGCUGAAGCACAGGCUAGGGAGAAUGAGUUUCAGAAGAUCAAGAAGAAGAUUGAAGUUUUAGAAGAUAUAGUGUCCAAGCAAGAAGAAGAAUUGAAGAGACAAUCUGAGCAGAUCAAGCAGUUGAUGGAAGCAAUGUCUAAACAAGCCAAACCUUAG